AUGUCUAAGGUUGCAGCAAUUGUUACCCAGCCGCCGUCUGGAAGAGAUAGGGGAAGAAAAGUGAUGCCUUCUCCGGUCGCACAGCAUGCUCUUGACAAGGGCUUCCCUUCUGAUUUGAUUUUCACACCCUUACGAGCUGGUGAUGAGGAGUUCCUGUUUAACUUGAGAGCUCUGGAACCUGAACUUUGUAUCACAGCAGCAUAUGGGAAUAUCUUACCUAACAAAUUUCUAAAGAUACCAUCACUGGGAACAGUCAAUAUACAUCCAAGCCUGCUGCCUCUAUAUCGUGGUGCAGCUCCUGUUCAAAGAGCGUUGCAGGAUGGUGUGAAAGAAACAGGAGUAUCAUUAGCAUUCACUGUCCGUCAACUAGAUGCGGGACCUGUUAUUGCCUGUGAAAGAGUGCAAGUAGAUGAUCAGAUAAAGGCACCAGAUUUACUUGACUCGUUAUUUGCUCGAGGAUCUAAUCUUCUAAUCCGUGAGCUUCCCUCUAUAUUUGACGGAUCAGCAAGAGUGCAAGCUCAAGCCCAAGAUGACUCUAAGGCUACUUUGGCUCCAAAGAUAACUCCUGAGGAGUCAUGGCUAUCGUUUGACGAAGAAGCUUUAGUCUUGCAUAAUAAGGGUGGCCAGGAACCCGAGCUAGGGUUGUAGUAUUCGACGACAAAACCAGCCAGUGCAAUACCCUAGAGCUUAAAAUUAUCACUA